GAAGAUCACCAUUGCUGUUUGUUCUCUGAAUCUCAUUAUUGCUAUAUUUGUCUUUAGAUCUCUCUACAUCUCUGCUGUCAAUCGACCUGCCCCAUUUCCAGCUGUUAAGUAUACUAAAGAUCAGAUUAGGAGAAUCGAGGAGGCGAGGCCGAGCCUGUGGAGUUGGCGAAUUUGGUGGAGAGGUUAAAGGAGGAGUUGACUAGGGAGAAGAGGAGAUGGGAGCUGUCAGAUUCUGUUAAGCAAGAGAUGGGCAGUGAGAUUUUGGGGAGGCUGAGAGGGCUAAAUGAGACGGAACAUCGAGGAGCAGUGGAGCAGUGGCGCAUCCAAAAACUUGAAGAGAUUAAAGGCAGUAAUACACUUGAAAAUUUGACAUCAGAUGCAAACAACCCUGUUCAACAAGCUGAAAUGCUAAGAAGAGCAUUAGAGUUUGAUUGGCUCAAGCUAUUGGAAGAAAUUGGAUUUUGGAUGCCAGCUAAUGUCAAUAACACAGAAAUUGAUGACAAACCUGAGAACACAAAGGAACUUGACAUGGAAGAGAUAAUUCCAGGUCGACCUAUGCCUCCCGAAUGUCAUGCUGAGCUUCAUACUGAUUAUGAUGGUGCUGCUGUUAGAUGGGGGCUCACCCACCAUAAAGAAAGUGCUGCUGAUUGUUGCCAAGCUUGCUUAGAUCAGGCAAAAAAUGCAAAGCCAGGGGAAAAGAAGUGCAACAUUUGGGUGUACUGCCCAUCGGAAUAUGGGUGCUAUUCACCAGAUAUUUAUGAGCACAAACAUCAGGAGUGCUGGCUGAAACAGGCAGAUAAGCCACGACUGAACUUCAAAGAAAAGUACUCUGAGUGGUACAGAAAUGCGCACCCUACAGCGCCUAUAAUUGUCCCCUGGAUGUCUGGUGUUAUCAGCGCAUGACCAAUUGGCCUCAACAAUUUUGAAAUAUAACGAUAUUGCCAAGUUUUCGUGUAACAUUUUAUAGCUAGCGACGAUUAUAAACUUUUGCUUCUUUUGAUGGGUGAGAAAAACUGAUACUUUUUGAUCCUGUACAAUUUAGAAAGAGUUAUAGAAGCCUUUUACGGUGACUACAUUUAUACUCCCUAUCAAAGGGAAGACUAUACUCUUAUGUAUAACGUGAUACGUAAUUGUUA